ACAACGGACUYGUCACGUACAAAACGUAAGACUUUUUACCUCAAAUUCUCCAUCAUCUUGGGCCUUGGUAUACAAUCAACAUCAUAAAUCAUCACUUUAUACAUUAAUUAAGCAACAGUGAAAGUUUGAAUAGGAAGAAGAGGAGUUAUYUUGAAAAAAAAUCGAGYUUAAAAAUGGCGUUCACUCGACUUCGUAGAAGACCGCUAGAAUUUGUAGACGAACGACCUGAACACGAAAACAUCAAUAUUYCUCUAGAUGAAGACGAUAGUUCUGGAGAAGAAUCUUUUAUCAAGACAACUUUAAGAGGUUCAGAUAAUACAGAUGAGUUCUGGGACUCUGGUUUUUCGAGCCCGCCUGGUAUGAAUUCUCGUAAUGUUUCGAUGCAAGAAGAUGAUGAUUCACCUAUGAUUAGUCUUAUGGAAUGCGAUGAAAACUGUCCGAUAACUCCGCCGUUUUCUCCUCCAUCUCUUGGUGGACUUAGAUUGUUCGAUACUCCACAUACACCAAGAAGUUUACUUCAGAGGUCUAGCUGCUCUGGCAGCCCAGAAACUAAAGCAGAGAAUCGUAAGUUAUCGAGAUUUCGGCGAGGUCUGGGAGGAAGACAGUCGAAGACUGAGCCACGUAAUAAUUCUAAAGCGAGAUUAACGGCGAAUGUCAACCCUUUUACUCCGGAUUUAAACUUUGGAAACAACGGCAACAACAAGAGAACGCGAAAACUCAGGGAAAGCCUGAUGGAAGAUGAUGCCGAUGAUGCUGAUGAUAAUGUCUUUGGUAACCCUGCAAAGAGGCUGGCACUUCACGAAAGUAACAUUUCACGAUUUCAUGAGGAAUUUGUAGAGCUGUGUAUCAUUGGAUCAGGGCAGUUUGGAUCAGUACACAAGUGUAUCAACAGACUAGAUGGAUGUGUUUAUGCUUUGAAAAGAUCUCUUAAACCAGUUGCUGGGUCUGUUGAUGAACAAAAUGCUAUGCGUGAGGUUUAUGCUCAUGCAGUACUUGGUACUCAUCCGCAUGUAGUAAGGUAUUACUCUGCCUGGGCAGAAGAUGACCGUAUGUUGAUACAGAAUGAAUACUGCGAUGGUGGGAGCCUUGCUGAUCGCAUAGAAAACAACAAGAAACUUGGAAUACUAUUGAGUGAAGGAGAACUAACAAUGCUACUGCUGCAGCUUGCAGAAGGUCUCAAGUACAUACAUUCUCUUAACCUAGUACACAUGGAUAUCAAACCAGGCAAUAUUUUCAUAACUCAUAACAAAGAAGCUGAUGAUGAUUGCCUAGGUCAUUCAUUUAAUAAUGAUGAAGGCAUUCAGGACUGCGAAGGAUCACCAAAAAACAAGAGACCAUCACUCUAUUAUAAAAUUGGUGAUCUUGGUCAUGUGACAUCAGUGACCAAUUCCGAGGUCGAAGAAGGAGAUUGCCGAUUUUUACCAAAUGAAAUAUUACAAGAGGACUAUAGUAAUUUACCCAAAGCAGAUAUAUUUGCCCUGGCUCUCACUGUGUAUCUUGUGGGAGGAGGCGAAGAGUUACCUAAGAAUGGCGAAAAAUGGCAUGAUAUAAGAAGAGGCAAUUUACCACCACUUUCUCAAGUGUCACAAGAAUUUAAUGAAUUACUCCAGUCUAUGGUCAACCCAUUACCUGCUUUAAGACCCUCGGCAGUUAACCUUAUGAUGAAUCCUGUACUUUGUCCCAUGGCCAACAAAUCCAAGGCCCAAUUGAGGAAAGAACUAAAUACAGAAAAGUUUAAAAAUGAAAUAUUAUCCAGAGAACUAAAACAAGCUCAACAAAACAUGGUCGGGCAGAAUACGGGACCAAAAAGCACAGCAAGAAAUUCUCGUAUUAUAGGACAGAAAUUUAACAGAAGCAUGAGUCUAAGUGUAAUUAUGUGACUACACUCAAAUAUAGUAAAUAUCCAUGGAUACUGAGAUAACGGGGUGGCAGUGGGUCCGAUGCUAGAAACCCCCCCCAACUAACAGCAUACUCCCAAAAUAUAUUAAAAUAUGGGCUUCUUAGAACAGCUCAACAUGCUUCAGAAAAUUCCUUCCCCAUCUGUAUGGUAGGUACAGUAUGCAUAUUUUUUUAUAACUUUACAAUAUUGAUAAACUAUGUAUUAUAAACCCUGGUCAUAAACCAAAUUAGCAAGGUACUUACAAACCACAAUGUUACCAAUAGAAACUUUUUAGAAAAAUUUUGAUUAAGCUGAAAGCAUUUAAAGCAAUGCAGUAUCCUGUAUAUUUGCUUUUAAGCUUUUCAAAAAUGUCAAGACCUGAUGCACAAGAGCUUCACUUAUCUUUAAUUGUAAUUUUUUAAUAAGUAAGAUUUUUAAUAUCUACAUUUUUUAAGAAUUGCAGAUACUAUUAUUGUAAGUAAGAGGGAAUAUUUCCCCCAGUUUUGCAAACCAUUUUUUCAGGCAUUUUUACUUUACUUAGUUGAACCAUAUAUUUUGUAAAUAUUAGUCAGUAAAUGAGUUUCAGUCAAAUUCUUCAUUCUAGUUUUUAAUUAUCAUAAUUUUUAACUUUUGAAUUUAAGUUUUAUUUCCAAGUUUGUUAAA